AUGAACUCUCUAUAUGAACUGGACUCUAAGUGGAGAGACUUGCUGAAGUUGAACAACUUUCUGGGUGGUUUAACGGUUCACGAAUUUGUUCAGGAGAUCAGCAAUGAAAACUCACUAAGGGAUAGAGCUGCAAAUACUGGAGCUUGGGAACAUUUGGAUCCGAAACCAUACAUAAGAACUUUUGAGUCGACCGUCAAAGAGUUACAGAAACUAAAGACCGAGGCAAGCGACAAAGAGGGCCAUUUGGAGCAGGAAGUCGCGAAAUUUGAGUUGCUGCAUGCGCAACGGGUGCUCCAACUUAGAGACAAUUUGAAGAGUAUUGUGAGGGAUAGUGAUGCGUUGGACUCAAAGCUCACUAACGUCACCCAAGUGGUAGCGCCGUUGGGGGAAAAAUUGGAAAAGUCCAUUAAACAGAAAAACAUGUACAUCAAGUCCGUGGAGCUAAUAUCACAUUACUCGGAGUUUCACACAAAAGGCUUCUCUCACGAGCUUGAACUGUUGAAGGGCUCUAGGGCUUGGAAGUCCAGAGCCAGAGCUGCGAUCCUAGCUAAAAAUCUGUUAAUUCUCGCCAAGAAAAUAGAAACCAAAUCGUUACCCACCACAGUAGCGACCACAACUGCUAUAGAGAAGUAUGCCGAAGACAUGGAGAACCAGUUUCUAGUGGAAUUUAAUUCUGCAUACCGUGACAGUGAUUUCGAGCAAUUGACCGAAAUUGCGAUCAUUCUCAAUCGCUACAAUAACGGAUUAAAUGUGAUACAGAGCUUCAUAAAUCAGCACGCAUAUUUUGCAGAUCUGGUCGGAGAUGAGGAUGAUUUUAUGUUCGAUGAAGCCUUCAAAAGCAAAAUCUCCGACAUUGAUUAUCAUUCUAUUUGCUAUGAAAAGACAAUUAUUCAAAACCUCGAUGAAAUAGAGACUGUGAUCAAAGAGGAGUCGAAGGUUGUUAAGCAAGUAUUUGAAAAGCAAUGUGCCUAUGUCAUGCAACUGUUUGUGCAAAGGAUUUUCACUCAAAAGAUCCAACCUAGUAUCGAGAUGUUACUAAAUGCCUCGUUAUCCCUUUCCGAUCUAGCGUUCGUGAGAAUGUUAUAUGCACUGUUUGCACUUGUGGGUCAAUUUGUUAAAGACUUAUCUGAAUACUUUCAUUUUCAAGAUAUGGAUUCAAAAGGUGAAAUCGCUUCCUCACUUGAGCGUUGCUUCGGAGACGCCUUUUCCAAGAUGAUCUAUGAUAGAACCAAGUAUUUUGAGCUCGAGAAAAGGAGCUUGGAGCACGCGCUGGUUUUGAAGACCUCAAAUUUUUGUUUAAAACACGACAAACAAAUUUAUGCUAGAGCCCUGAAUGCGAAGCUAGUUAAUGGGGCCUCAUUCACACAUGAUUUAGAUCUACAGGAACUAUCCUCGACAUCAAGCGGAAAGCUUUCGCAGAUAAACCAUUUUUUGAAGAGUCAGCUAGAAAAGGAAAAAAAGAGGCUGAUGACGCCCGAAUUAACUGGCAGCACAACUGACGGAAAGCCUGAAGGGCUCUUAAGUAAUAGCAUUGACCCUAGCUUUUCGGUACAAGGAAUUGAUGGCAUGCUGAAAUGUGCAAUUGAAUCGAUUGCUCGCAUCAUGGAGUUAGUUCCCAGUAAAGCUAAUGAAUUCACUUACGAGAUUGUCGAAACUGUACUUAUUGGGACCAUUGGGUCCUAUGUAGAAGCUGGUUUGGAAGUUGCCUAUUCAGAAAUGUUAGAGCAAGACUUAACGAGAAAUUCAGAAGUUCAGCUAUUUUAUCUCGACUACGUUGCUAAAUCGACCGAAAUCCUGAGCCUCAUAUCUGCUUCUAUAAAAACAGUUGUUCUUCCAUUAUUCGUCAAUUCUCCAGACACCAAAAAAGCUAUCAUAUCAAUUACUAAUAAUUACAUCAGACGGUGCGAGCUGCUAAUGAACAUUGUGGUGGACGAAACCAUAAUCGCAUUUACUCAGCGAUUCGUAACCUCCCUGUCAAAACAGAAAAAGAAAGAUUUUCUCUCUUCGUCGCAAGACAUUCUGGAUAAUGACACUCUUCCUGCAGCAGAGAUAAUUAGGGAUCUCAAUUCUCUGUACCCACAAGUGAGCUCCUAUCUCAAGUCCGAAAACCUUAAAUCAUUUUUACAACAGAUUGGAGGAAAUCUGUGCCUAUAUCUUUUUGACCAUUACAAAAAGUUCCAGGUUAGUUCUGUUGGAGGCAUUAUUGUAACAAAAGAUAUAAUAGGUAUCCAAACAGCAAUUGAAGAGUGGUCUGUUGACCCACUUUUGGAUGAUUUCGCGACUUUGCGGGAGCUCGCAAAUCUAUUCACAGUUCAACCAGAAGAACUGAACUCUUUGACCAGUGAGGGACACUUGGCAACGGUUGAUCGAAAUCUCAUUUCCGCCUACGUAUCGAGAAGGGCUGAUUUUAAUCAGACCAGUUUUGUUAGCAAGAUUGGGUUGUCUUGA